CUCCGUCCGCUCGGAGUUCAUAUUCAACGCCCUCACGUACGGCUGACAGAAUGACUUCGCGAUUGAUGCCGUCCGGCGGCAGACGCUGGGUAUUGCGAUGUCCGGUGCCGAAUAACUUCCAACGCCGUGCAUUCGCCUCGACCAGACUCUACUACCAAGAGGUCUUUCAUUCCCAGCUGGAAGACCCCUCCUCCGCUGCCGUCUACUCGUCUCUCCAGACCUCUAGAGCCGUUCCCCAGACGCUCACCGAGAAAAUCGUCCAGAGAUACUCCGUCGGCCUGGCCAAGGACAAGUUUGUGCAGUCUGGCGACUAUGUCACAAUUUCACCUCAUCGCUGCAUGACACACGACAAUUCAUGGCCUGUCGCGCUCAAGUUUCUGUCCAUCGGUGCCUCUAAGCUGCAUGAUUCCAACCAGAUCGUGAUGACCCUCGAUCACGACGUCCAGAACAAGUCAGAAAAGAACCUCCAGAAAUACCGGCAGAUUGAGGAAUUCGCCAAGCAGCAUGGUGUCGAAUUUUACCCUGCUGAGCGAGGUAUUGGUCAUCAGAUCAUGGUUGAGGAAGGGUUUGCUUGGCCUGGUACUCUUGUGGUUGCGUCGGACAGUCACAGCAACAUGUACGGUGGCGUUGGUUGUUUGGGUACCCCUAUUGUGAGAACCGACGGUGCCAGCAUCUGGGCCACGGGUAAAACCUGGUGGCAAAUCCCUCCAGUUGCAAAGGUCACUUUGACUGGUCUCUUGGCCCCUGGUGUGACCGGAAAGGACGUCAUCGUUGCUCUUUGCGGUUUGUUCGAUAAGGACGAUGUUUUGAACCAUGCCAUUGAAUUUACGGGAUCCGAGGAAACUAUGAGAAGUCUGCCUGUGGAUGACCGGUUGACCAUUGCCAACAUGACAACUGAAUGGGGAGCUCUGUCUGGACUGUUCCCUAUCGACAAUGUGCUCAAGGGAUGGCUCAAAGGCAAGGCAACUACCGCUGCUAUGGGACUCGCUGACGGUCCCUUCAAGACCUUGGCUCCUCAGCGCUUCACUCACCCUAUUCUCGAGCAACUGUUUGAGAACCCCGUAACUGCUGACAAGGGGGCCAAGUACGCCAAGGAGCUCUUCUUGGAUCUUUCUACCCUUUCUCCUUAUGUGUCUGGCCCCAACUCAGUCAAGGUUGCCACCGCCCUCAAGGACCUCGAGGCUCAAAACAUUCCAGUUAACAAGGCUUACCUUGUUUCGUGUACAAACUCGAGAGCCUCCGACAUCGGUGCUGCCGCAAGGGUAUUCAAGGAAGCCGCGGAGAAGAACGGCGGAAAGGUGCCCAAGAUUGCGGAUGGUGUCAAGUUCUAUAUUGCUGCCGCAUCUAUUCCCGAGCAGCUGGCUGCUGAAGGUGCCGGUGACUGGCAGACAUUGUUGGAAGCUGGCGCUACACCGCUCCCUGCCGGAUGUGGUCCUUGUAUCGGACUGGGAACCGGCUUACUCGAGCCUGGUGAGGUUGGCAUCAGUGCGUCGAACCGUAACUUCAAGGGACGCAUGGGCAGCACCGAUGCUAAGGCCUACCUUGGUAGCCCUGAGGUUGUUGCUGCCAGCGCUUUGAGCGGAAAGCUUAGUGGACCUGGCUGGUACCAACAGCCCGAGGGUUGGACCGGAGUCGUGCGAGGCGAGGGUGAUGGCAUUCGCGAGGAACACCGGAUGCUUACCGCCGAGCAAGCUCUGGAGAAGAUGAUUGGCCAGCUCGAUGACAUCGUUGCUGAUGCGGAGAAGAAGUUUGCCCCUGAAGACAAUGCCGAACCUGAAAACGAAUCUGAUGACGCUCUUACGGAGGUGUACCCCGGGUUCCCCGAACGAGUUUCUGGUGAGAUUGUUUUCUGUGAUGCGGACAACAUUAACACCGAUGGUAUCUACCCUGGCAAGUACACCUACCAGGACAAUGUCCCCGUUGAGACCAUGGCCCAGGUUUGUAUGUCCAACUACGACGCAGAAUUCUCCUCGCUCGCCAAGGAGGGUGACAUCCUGGUUACUGGAUUCAACUUUGGCUGCGGAAGUUCUAGAGAGCAGGCAGCUACUGCCCUGCUCGCUAAGAAGAUCCCGCUUGUUGUGUCUGGCAGUUUUGGAAACAUCUUCUCCCGAAACAGUAUCAACAACGCUUUGAUGGGUCUUGAGGUCCCCCGUCUUAUUAGCCGUUUGCGUGAGAGCUUUGGGUCAGACAAGGCCCUCACCCGCCGGACUGGCUGGACCUUGACCUGGGAUGUUCGAAGAAGCCGCAUUGAGAUCCAGGAAGGCCAGAAUGGCCCCAAGUGGACACACAAGGUGGGUGAACUCCCACCAAACGUGCAGGAGAUAAUUGCCAAGGGCGGUUUGGAGAAAUGGGUCAAGAAUGCCAUUGGAGCGUAGACGCUGGUUAUUACAAUAAUCAGUAUGUUUGCUCUCCUUUACGAUUGAACUCAACGAGCUUCGUUGAAACUUGGCGUUUAUAUUAUAUACCCGAGCUUUCCCCCAGUAUCCUUCGGGGUUUCUAAUCUCUUCGUGUUGUUGUGUUGGGUGGUUUUUCUUUCUUUUCUUCAGUCUCAAUAAACCUCGUUCUGGUUUCCUGUUGCCGGGCAUUAUACGAUUGUUUGGGAUGAAUAUGUAUAAAAGAGCGAUUUCGUUUGGAUCUAGAUCUAUUUAGAUUUCAUUUUCGGAAUAAAAAGUUGUUAGGCAGAUGAAAAUAAUUCGUUCCGUGAUGUUCUUUUUGCAAUCCUCAAGCUAAGUG